AUGGCAAAUAGCGGAGAAGAUACGAAAUAUGUGCCAGAUAACUCCCCUCUCCGUCAGCAUUGGCUUGGCCAACAGCUCCAAUCGCAACUGUCAACAUCUGGUCCGAUGGAAACCGCGCAAGCGUCCGACUCGAGCUAUCCAGGGUUCAUCCCAAUGCCUCAACUUCAAUUCUUGGAGUGGAGAGGUAUUCAUCAAUACAUUCCUCAGCAUCUUCCGAGACCUCGGCCUUAUCAGCCUAUUCCUGGCAUAGAAGCGUACUCGCAACCAGAUACGGAUCUAGCACAGAUGCUGCAGAAUACUCCGGAGCAGCAGCGCCAUCUACGUACCUAUACCUACCCACCCAUCUAUGCCGGAGACGUUGGCCCGCAGACACCCACUGCACCUUCCGAGGCGCCCAUGACAGAGCAACUUGGUGUUUCCGCUCAACUUCCGUCGCCCGAGACUAACGACCACAAUAACUCCGAUAACUCUCCCUCAGCAAGAAAUGGCGAUGAACCCGCCUCUGGCAAAGAGGGCAGUGACAGCAGCGAGAACAACUCAGCCAAUAGUAAUCAUCACAACGCCAUUGCCAUGAGCCUGGCACUCGAGCCUACCGGUCCUCGAUAUCUCGUUGCUCCUGGUGCUGCGAAGCCGUCUGCCAUCUUCGCAUCUCCCUCUACCUCGACUUCCCAGGCAUCAGUUUCGAAGAAGACUCAUCCCUGUACGGUAUGCGACAAGACCUAUGCGACGUCCAGUGGUCUGCAGCGGCACCUUGAGUCGCACAAGGGCACAAAGUACAAGUGUGGCAUUGAGGGCUGUUCGAAGAUGUUGAUGCGGUAUGACAGUGUGAUCAGACAUAUCAAGAAAGUCCAUGUUGGGAAAGCUUUCAACGUUAUCCGUAUUGAAGCAGAGCAGGCGGACUCAGAGCAUGCACAGCAGGCGAAUUAA